UCGGCAGCAGGCUUAGUGUGAUCAUGUCUGGCCGGGGUAAGGGCGGCAAGGGGCUCGGCAAGGGCGGCGCCAAGCGCCACCGCAAGGUGCUGCGCGACAACAUCCAGGGCAUCACCAAGCCCGCCAUCCGCCGCCUGGCUCGGCGCGGCGGCGUCAAGCGCAUCUCGGGGCUCAUCUACGAGGAGACGCGCGGCGUGCUCAAGGUCUUCCUGGAGAACGUGAUCCGCGACGCCGUCACCUACACGGAGCACGCCAAGAGGAAGACGGUCACGGCCAUGGACGUGGUCUACGCCCUCAAGCGCCAGGGCCGCACCCUCUACGGCUUCGGCGGCUAAAGCCUCGCCUUCCUACCGUACCAGCAACCCACAAUCACAAAGGCUCUUUUAAGAGCCGCACA